ACAGUCUCUCAGAGCUUCUUCCUUGCAGCUUCGCUCUGUGAGCCGAGCGGCUUCAUUCCACCUGCAGCAGAACCCGGUUCCUCACCUCCCAGGUUCUUCUCCUCCAUCAUGCUCGUCCUCCUCCUCCUCCCCGUCCUCCUCCUCCUCCCCCCCUGCUCCUCGGGCUCUCUGCCUCCUCCACGGAGCUCCUUCCUCCUUGACUCCGGAAUCAGACCGUUGAUCCACUUCAGCCUCCCGGACGUCAGCCACACCACCACGCUGCUCCUCAGCGCCGACGCCUCCACCCUGUACGUCGGGGCUCAGGAUGCCCUGCUCUCAUUGGACGUCAGCCAGAGUGAUGCCAUCAGACUGAGGAAGCAGGUGCAGUGGAGUCCCUCUAAGGCCAACAUCGAAGCCUGCAUCAACAAGGGAAAGAAAGCAGCGGACUGUCUGAACUUCGUCCACGUCCUGCAGCAGAUGAACUCGUCUGUCCUGUACGCCUGCGGGAGCUUCGCCUUCAACCCCAGAGAGGCCUAUAUCGACUCUGAGAGCCUCUCGGUGGUCCACAGCGUAGACGCUAAAGGCCGCUGUCCGUUCAGCCCCUCGGAGAGGAGCUCGGCCGUCUUCCUGGACAGCGAGCUCUUCACCGCCACCACCACCGACUUCAGGGGCACGAAACCGCAGAUCUCCAGGUUCUUCAGCAAACAUGGCCGCCCAGACGUCAGCCUGGACUCGUCCAUCAGUUUACUGGAAGACCCGACCUUCAUCAACUCCUGGUCCAACCCAUCCCAGGAGAAGAUCUACUUCUUCUUCAGUGAGGUCGGGACAGAGUUCAACUUUGUGGAGAAGCUGAAAAUCGCCCGGGUGGCCCAGGUCUGCAAGGACGAUGUGGGAGGACAGAGGACUCUGCAGAAGAAGUGGACAUCCUUCGCCAAAGCGCCUCUGCUGUGUCAGUCCUCCAGACAGCUUCCCUUCAGCGUUCUGCAGGACGUGUUCACCCUGCAGCCACCAGAGGGCGACAGCGACGACGCCAACACGCUGUUCUACGGCGUCUUCACCUCGCAGUGGUCCACGAGAGCAGAGUCCGCCGUGUGCGUCUUCAGGCUGCGGGACAUCCAGGGCGAGUUCAACGGGAGGUACAGGACCUUCGACAUGCAGAGUCACCAGUUGAGUCCACUCGUGGAGACGCACUCGUACCUGGGACAGUGCGGCCUGGCGGGUUCUUCCGACACUGACCUGGCGGAGGUGAAGAGGAGCUUCCUGACCGGCGGCAGCGGCGUGAAGCCGGUCGGAUUAGCUCCGCUCGUGGUCUCGUCGGAGCAACGCUACAUUCGCGUCGCCGCCAUGAGGACGCGUGACGUGGACGGCAGACAGCACACUGUCCUCUUCCUGCUGACAGAAUCGGGAUUCCUCCAUAAGGUGGCGCUCUCAGAUUCAGGUCCUCGAAUCAUUGAGGAGAUUCAAGUUGUUACCAAACCAGAGGCGGUCCAAAGUCUGGUCCUCUCCCCUUCCAAGGGGUUUCUGUACGUGGGGACGUCUCAGGGUGUGACCUCCAUCCCCGUGGCCCACUGCUCCGUCCACAGGACCUGCAGUCAGUGUCUCCUGGCCAGAGACCCUCUGUGUGGGUGGCACCGGACCAGGAGGGCCUGCGCUGGUCUGAGCGGGGUUCCAGAUGGUCCGCAGGAACUGGUUCAGGAUCUGGACGGUGGGAAGGUGGACGAGGAGUGUGGAGGACAAACUACAGCUGGAGAACAUCAAGAGGUCCAUGUUGCUUUGGGUGAGGUGGUGAACCUUCGCUGUCAGAAACCAUCCAACCAGGCGUCUGUGAGCUGGACCUCCCAUCCAUUCAAAUCUCUCUCCGAGAAGCUCUUCAUCCGGUCGGCUGAUGGCAGCCUCCGGUUCCUCGCCGCCGCCGACACCAUGGGAACGUACCGCUGUGAAGCGGAGGAGGGUGGCCACAGGGAGGUGGUCUCCAGCUACGAGGUACAACAGACCGCCCAACCACGCUCCCUCAACCCGCUGCCCAGGGUCCCGGAAGAGCCGUACGAGGACAUUGUGACCGAGAACCCAGAGUUGGUGAGCCAGUCUACAACAGAACGUGAUGGGAAGGUCACUGUGGACGAUGAGACCGUCCUGCCAGAGCAGGGCAGCAGCUCCACCAGUCUGACCUCCAAACAGGACCCCCUGUCCGUCCCGCAGCCCUGCAUCAACCAGAAAAGUUACGGCAGUGAGCUGGUGGUCGUCUCGGUCCUGCUCGUCUUCAUCGCCGCGGCGUUCCUGGGGCUGCUCUACCUGUGGUGUCGGAGGAAGAACCAGCGAGGGAACGGGAAGCCCGGCGGUAUCCUGGACAGGUGCUUCAUGAGCGGCCCCGACGACGGAGGGCCCGACCUGAAGGUGGAGCUGUGACCGUUCAUCCUCAGUAUGGCCACCAGAGGGCAGACCGCAGUCGGUUGCUUGUAGGCUAUCUGUGAAAGAACCAUCCUACUCCUUCAGUAAGGCCCCGUUGACAUGGCAACGUCUUCAAGUGAAAACAAACUUUCAUUUCAUUUUGGGAUUUCAGAUAGACGGCUGGAUAGAUGGAACUUCAAUGAUCCGUUGGGUGAGGUACCUCGAAGAAAUUGUAAGUCUGAAAGAAAAGCUCUCCCGAGGUGGUGGAAUUUAUCAAAAACACUCCAACUCCACCUCCAUGGAAAUGGGAAAACUUUAGUGUCCUGACUCCCAGUCCAUGUUCUCCUGGGACCUAAAGAUUCCUUUUGUUCUGCUCAUGCUCGUUUCCCUGUCCUGUCACAAUGAUGCACAUAUUCCAAGAUGGCCGUCUGAGGCAAGCGUCGGACUCGAGCUGAGACGAUUUAUUUAAUGGAUAUAAUGAAAAGAGCAGAUGGACGGAAGUAAAGAAAUGCAGUUCUUUUUAUAGCUGUAGUUUAAAAGUUAAUUGAGAAAGAAGGAAAAGAAGCAGAGAGUGGAAUUAGUUUAUUUCCUGUAGAUGUAAAUAGGCCAGGUCCGUCUCCCAUCCAAUCAGAACUCUUCACAACCCCCAGGUCUUAAAAUGCGAUUAAAUUAAGGCGCGUUUUACGUGGAAACCUCAAUUCAGAAUGACUAUUUCCAUGUAAAGUGAAAAGACAGUCAUUGUGUAACCGUGGCUCCAUUCCUGUGCUGCCACUGUUGAGUGUUCUCUGAGUAGUUUCAUUACAAAAGCAGCCAACAGCGCCCACUGGUGGCCUGUAAUGCACAAAUGCUAAACUUUCCAGAAACAAGAAUUCAGAAAUGAAACGUUUUCACUUGAGAUGAUGUGUAAGCGAGACCUUACUCUCUUUCUUCUGUUAUUUUUACAUUUUUAUUUUCUCAAACCGUUAUGAAACAAAAAACUCAGGAUUUUUCUGUUUUUGAAAGGAAUAUAUAUUUUAGAAAUUCCUCAUUUUUAAGCUGUGAACAUGUGACACUCCUCACUUUAUUCUGUCUUCAUGCACAAGCUUUUUUAUUUAAAUAGUUUUAAUCUCGCCUACAUUAAGAUCCUCCCGCUCUUGUUCUCAGGCAAAGUAAAAUACUGCAGUUUGUAGAUGUUGCAGUGACAGUGUGAAUGUUAAUUAAAUAUUUUUUUUAGUUCUCUCUGUUUUAUGUAUUUCAUGUCUGACGUCAGAUUUGAUGUUAUUUAGAACCAAAUAAAAUCAUAAUUAUUGUCCAUAAGAACGAAGAUAAUGAUGAAUGGUGAGAUUGCGUUUGUUGGUCUCUGUCGCCUCCUUGUGGCAGAUGUUAUAUGACAUGUUAUAUUUGAUUUGAUUCUAAAUUGAUUCAAAUAAACUCCACCUGUUUUUGUGAUGCUGUAUUGUUCAAAUAAAAUAUUUAAUUUUGUCCAAUCUCUAGAA